AUGUGGUCAUGGGUUGUUUCGCUAGUUUUUUUCUUCCUUGUUUGGGACAAUGCCACUUGCGACUCAAAUCUCCCUCCUAGGGACAAAGUUUCCAUCUACGAUAAUGGCAAUGGCAAAGCCAUUAUCAACACUGAAGAAGACAUUGUUGCAUAUACAAUGAAAUCUGUCGAUGACCCGAGAACACUUGACAAGAUUCUCUACAUCCACCCGCCCAACAACAUUGUCUCGCAGAACGAUAUUGUUGCCUUGUGGGAGAGAAAGAUCGGUAAAACUCUCGUGAAGACUUAUGUUUCGGAGGAAGAACUCCUCAAGAGCAUCCAAGAGGCUCGAUCUCCAAUGGAUUUUGCAAUGGGUUUGAUCCAUACAAUAUUUGUGAAGAGUGAUCAUACCUCCUUCACUAUUGACCCUUCUUUUGGAGUUGAGGCUUCCGAGCUUUACCCUGAGGUCAAGUACACGAGUGUCGAUGAGCAUCUUCACCAAUAA